AUGGCCCCGCAACGUCUGCUCAAGUUAACACUUGCCCACUACCGCAACCCAGACUCUUCUGAAGAAGAAUGCCACCGCUUCCUGACCGAGGAGUAUAUCCCCAAAGUCAUCGAGAUCCUUCAACGGCAUAAGCUGGAGACAUAUAGCUAUCACUUCACCCCCAGCCCGGUACAGAACGUGCUGCGCGCCGCAAGCGAGCGUCUCCAGAAUGGCUGGACCGUCGACGACCACGACCUCACGGUGGAGUUCUACUUCCGCGAGAUCGCAGGCCUGGUGACGGUGUCGACGGACCCAGACUUCAUUGCUCUGAAGUCCAUUGAAGGGCCAUUUAUUAGUCAGAAGGGGGUUGUGGCCCGGUUGGGAUGGGUGGAGACCUAUGUUGCCGAUGAGCAGGCGGUUAAUUUGAUAGACGGGAAGUCGCAGUAUGAGAGCUUUGAGCAGGCGUCUGCUAUUCAGCUCGCGCUUUGA